ACGUUACCAUACCUACGUCUUAUCGGUUUUGUCAACUCUUAAAAAAGGUGUUUCAAAUUUACCUUAGGUGCCUGCAAUAAGGCGCGCAUUUUAUCACUAACGGUUCUUUUCCAUUUCCACAAUAGAAACUGAAAACAUAUCAAGAGUAAGGCAGUCAUUAUACAGAAAACAAUCAUGCUUCUUUCAUUCCUCGCUCUCACAAGCAUUUUCAUAUCGAGUCCAUCAUGGGGCUUAAUGACUCCAAGGGAGUUUGAAACAUUCAUUUCACCUAUGUGCUUCAGAUUGAAUGAGAAAAAUCUACCGUACAUAAAUGGUCAAGAAAAUCCUUUGGCCAGUACUUUGGAGAAUUUCAUCGCCUUGGCAGAAAAAUUCGAGGCUGCUAAUCCCACGAAGGACUUAAAAGAUGAGAUUUUCUACUUUAUUAGAAAUUUCACAUACGACAACAUUGAGUACAAUCCCAUUGGAGACAUUAAUCGGUGGACGCCCAAGGAUUCUAAUUACGCGGAUAUCGAAACAUUCUGGGAACCAGUAGCAGAACGUAGAACGAGUGUCCCUCAGGUUGAGGACCCUUUUACAGAUGGUGAAAAAUGCAGUUUGUAUUUCAUGCUGUCUCAUUCAAUUCUUCGAAAUUCAAGAAAAAUUAGUGAACAAAGGGCUGCUGUUCCCGACAAUGAAACUAUCAACGAUAGUUUCAGUAAAUAUAAACUGAGGAGUGACUUUCAAUACAAUGAUGAAGAUUUGUACCCCAUGGAGCAAGGUGUUGUGUCCAUUCAAGGGUCAUUAGAAGCCGUUGAUCUGGGGAGAGUUCUAACUGGUAUUUAUGUUGGAUUGAAUGAAGGAAGAAAAAGAGAAAUAUCAGAAUUUUCUCAUGUUCCAAAAGAUCUAAUUCCACAGGGAGCAACUGUGGAUCCUUUAUACACUCUUACAAUUGCAGAGGUUAUUGCCAUGGCUGGUUGGAGACCUGAAGCUUUGCAAAGACAGGAUUUAGCUAAAAAUGGAAUAUGGAAAUCUGUCCCUAUUGGCUCUGAGAUUGAAACUAGCAACGUCUGUCCAAUGAUGUACAGACUUCCUGAUGGAACAAAUGAGGCAUUUUCAUAUUCCUCCAUGAGGGGAGCUGCAGACGGUCUCAUCCUCGGAAAAAUAAUGGCUGACAUUAAAACAAAGAGACAGGACAUUAAGCUGAGUCAAAUCUUACGCCAGUAUUACAGUAGAGGAGGUUUCGCUGGAAAAACUCCAGAUCUUGGUUACAUACACGCUUCUUUUUGCAACAGAGAAUAUCUCCUGUCAAGUUGGGAAGAGAUGAUCAAAGAACAAGUACACCUGUUCAUAUUACUUGCCAGUACCACCUUCAGCAAAAUCGAUGACAGCCUGUCCUUCUCAUGGGGCAAAUAUAACGAAGCAAAGCAAAAGGGUGUUUUGAAAAACAUGGAUAAAUUGACUCUAGAUUACUGUGGUGCAAGUUUAUCGGAAAAUAAAUUAGAGGAAUUUACCUCUGAAACUCCACUAGAUGUUAUUGCCGUUCUGGAUACAGGUACUACUGACGAAGACUUUAAAAGACAACAAUUGAUUAUUGGGGGUUUGGCUAAAAGAUUGAAACUCAGCCACGGUGGAAGCAAAAUGACAAUAUUUACAGACCAGAAAUUAACCCCAUCAGUUUCAACACCAGGAACAAUAUAUUUGAAGGCAGUAGCGGAUCAGACUUAUUCUCCAGCCUGUGCUGCUUGCGCAGUCACGCAAAUUGCAAAAGAUCCAGCUGCCAGCAGUGCUCCAGAUGAAAUGAUCAUUGCUCUCAACCAGUAUUUGGCUGCUAAGAACGAGAACGACACUCAAAAGAGCGGGGUAAAUGGAAGGGUUGUAAUUUUAUUUGAUUUUUCUGAAGACCUUCCACCACCAGGACGACAGACUGCACAACAUGCCAGACUUGAUAAAGCUUUGACUGAUUUCCAUUUAGCACACCGAGAUGUAACUGUUUUUCCACUUGGCAAAAACUUUGAUGUCUUAAAGAAAUACUCCAGAGGCGUUACUACAUUUGUUAUGAGUGCAGUUGAUUUAAUAGAGGACUUGGUAGCAAAACAAUUAUAUUCCAAAGUUAUCACAGUUCCUGGAAGACUUCAAUAUACUGAUUGUGAACAAGCUAGAAGUGAAAGAAGUGCAAUUUAUGAAAAUUACAUAACACCAAGUGGUAUUCAACAUUGGUCAAUGCCAGCUAAAUAUUUCUACAAAAGCUUCAAUUUAAAAUUUGUGUUUGAAUCCUUCAACGGACCUGCCAAGGUAUGCUUCAGUAGAGAUACUAAAUACCCAGAAAGAGAAAUAAAAACAUGUCAUGAUUUAGCCAAUGGAAGUCCAUUGCAAUUUCCAUACAAAGAUCCCUGCAAAGGUCUUACUGAUAUUAGCUGCUCGCCAUUUUAUUUCUCAAUCGUUGGCUUAAACGAAACAGAAACCCGAACAACAAGGCAGUUCUGUGAUGAUAAAACUACAGAUAACAAAUGCCAGACUAUGGAUCAGAUAAAAUUCAAAAUCACCCACGAAGGUAUCAGAUGCAGUGGAUCUAUGGGUUUACUAGCUACACCAACAUUUCUCCUACUAGCAUUCAUCGUUUCUUUCUUGCUUUCUAGGAAUGCUUGAACUUUUCACCUCAAUAAACAAUUAUUUUAAUAUUGUAAAAUAUUUUUACAUCCAACUGUUCUAAAAAUAGAUUUCAAGCAGUUUUUAAAAGAUGAACAUCUGCACUGAACUUUUAUCUACACCUAUUAGCCAUGCUAGGUGUAGCCAUCCAAAAAGUAUUUCUGCAAAUCCGUGACUUGUUACAGUAUUAUUUCAUUUUUGCACGUGUGUUAACUUUAACUAUUUUUUACUAGUUUUUUUUCUUCAUGUGUACAUAUUUCUUGUUUCUGUUUGCUUUUGGAAAACACCAAUUUGUGAUUUUAUGACUGCCUAAAUAUUAAUCAAAUAUAUUUUUCUUAAAUUGUCAUUAGUCAUUUUGUAUUGUGCAAAUGUGUAAUUUUGGUUUUUAAUAAAAUUUAAAAGUUUUA